AUGUCGCAUCUCGCCCCUAAUGCCGCCCGCCAGGCCCUGCGACAAUGUACUCGUCGCGCAUCGACUUCACACCCGUUCGCCACCCGACUUCCUCGAGCAUGCAUCGUCGCCAGAGGCCGGAGGAGUUAUGUAUCCGAGUCGAGCCCGAAGAACGCCACCGUGAACAUUGAGAACACCAUUCGAGAGGAUCAGAAGGCUUUCCUCGCCGAGACAGGAAUCAAACCUCCAGAUGCCCAGCUUCCCGGCACCGGGCAAUCCGGCGACACAGCCAUGAGUCCUGCUGCUGCCAUUCUGAAGCAGGCUACUGUGAUGGAUGAGGGAACCAGACCCAUCUAUCUCGAUAUGCAAGCAACGACACCAACCGACCCUCGAGUACUGGAUGCUAUGCUACCCUUCUUCACGGGCUUGUACGGGAACCCACACUCGAGAACACACGCAUACGGAUGGGAGACCGAGAAGGCGGUUGAGCAAGCCCGAGCGAACAUCGCAAGCUUGAUCGGUGCCGAUCCGAAAGAGAUCAUUUUCACAAGCGGCGCUACCGAGAGCAACAACAUGAGCAUCAAGGGUGUCGCGAGGUUUUUCAAGAAGGGCGGUAAGAAGAAACAUAUCAUCACCUGCCAGACAGAACAUAAAUGCGUGUUGGACAGCUGCAGGCAUUUGCAAGAUGAGGGAUGCGAGGUCACAUACCUGCCGGUUCAAAAUAAUGGCUUGAUCAGCAUGGAGGACCUGGAGAAGGCUAUUCGGCCGGAGACUGCAUUGGUCUCCAUCAUGACCGUGAACAACGAGAUUGGAGUCGUACAACCGAUUGAAGAGAUCGGAAAGCUCUGCAGGAGUAAGAAGAUCUACUUCCACACUGAUGCAGCGCAAGCGGUCGGAAAGAUUCCACUCGACGUGAACAAGAUGAACGUUGACCUGAUGUCCAUCUCUGGCCACAAGAUUUAUGGCCCGAAGGGCAUUGGAGCCUGCUAUGUCCGGAGGAGGCCGCGUGUGAGAAUCGAUCCCAUAAUCUCUGGUGGUGGCCAAGAGCGAGGUCUGCGUUCUGGAACGCUGGCGCCGCCGCUCAUCAUUGGAAUGGGAGAAGCAGCCCGGAUUUGCUCCGAGGAGAUGGAGGUGAGUUAGCCCAUCAACAUGCGAUUUGCCCUCCACCCGUCCAAAUGAUUAUACGCUCAAACAUGCAUGGCUUUCUGAGUGCGCUUUGACCGGCGUGUCCCGAGCUGACACACAGCAACUUCUAUGAUUCUCGUCGCAACCCUUUCACACAAUGACAUCGACCAUUCUUUUGAGACGUUUUACUGACAAGGUCUCCAGUACGACACCAAGCGUAUUUCCGCUCUGUCCAAGCGGCUCAGCGAUGGCCUCCUCGCCAUGGAGCACACCUCACUGAACGGUGACCCGUCCGCCCACUACCCGGGCUGCGUCAACGUCUCGUUCGCCUACGUCGAAGGCGAGUCGUUACUCAUGGCUCUGAAGGACAUUGCUCUAUCCUCCGGCUCCGCGUGUACAUCGGCCUCCCUGGAACCCUCGUACGUCCUGCGAGCGCUCGGCAAUUCCGAUGAGAGUGCUCACUCCUCGAUCCGCUUCGGCAUCGGGAGAUUUACGGCGGACGCGGAGAUUGACUAUGUGCUCAAGGCGGUCCAGGACCGCGUUACGUUCCUGAGAGAAUUGAGCCCGCUCUGGGAGCUCGUGCAGGAAGGUGUGGAUCUGAACACGAUCGAGUGGUCGCAGCAUUAG